AUGUCUGAACCAAUCCUCCCCGGCCGCCUCGUCCGCAUGCGAGCUCUCGGACCUGCAGAACUUCCAUCCCAUCCACUGCUCGCCUCACAACAAAGCGCCGAACAAACUGCACCAGUUCCCGCGAACAAUUUCGCCCAAGAAGCCCUCAACGAAGCUCAUCAAUUCGUAACCUCGUAUUGGCCUGAGAAGUUCACCAUCAAGUCCAAGACCAAACAAUCAUCCCCCUCCACCGCUCUCGUCGAACUCCUCUCCCACGAGAUCCCUCCAAAACUCCUUCCACCCCAUACAGCUUCUGAAGCCUGGUUCGCACGCACCAGCAUUCACGAGAAUGCCGCCAAAGCUGGAACGGCGAGUUGGGAAGAGUUUGAUGCGGGGUUGAGGCAAGAUCACAGCAUUCACGAGACGGAUUAUACACCUGAUUGUAUACAUGCCCACCAAGUCUUAACUUGGGACGAUCAGUCUGGGGGGGAGGUUGUGGGAUGGCAGGACGUGCACAUGAACAUCAUGGAGAUGUGUCAUCAGCUUCCUGCCCCGUUGAAUAAACGAGUCUUCUCCGUUCUCGUUAUCACGGGAAAGAAGGGCGACGGAGAGUUUAUUGUUGUACAGAUCCCUGUUGACACCAAGGGAAUGCCGGGAACAAAGUAUCGCGAUGACAAGGCCUUCACACCCGGAAUGUACGUCAGUGUCGAGAGAGGUGCGCUGGAGGACAAUGGAGCGAACGUGAAGUGGCAGAUGGGAACCGCGAGUGAUGCAGGAGGAGUGUUGCCCAUGUUCUUGCAGAAGCUGGGUGUUCCGGGGGCGGUGGUGAAGGAUGUGGGGUUGUUCAUUGGGUGGUGUGAGCAGAGGAGGCAGGGAAAGGCUUGA